GUUGUUCCUGUAAAGGGGGGAAGGCUAGUAGGUUAGCUUGAUGUAACCUACUUUAUAACAGCGGGCGUUACAUCACUUUGGGUCGUGUCCCACCUGGGAAAUAACGGCCUAAAGGAAGACAACUCUUCAUAAUUUAUAUAACAACGUGCUGAUAUGAGACACUGAUCCGACAAUUGAAAAAAAUAAAAAAAUAAAGUGGCAGCACGUAGAGACGUAGCAGAUUAGUUAUUGUUUUUUUCCAGAGGAGGCUGUCAGAACGCGUCUGGUUUCAACGGGCACAGGUUUGAGACGAAGGAAGACAUGUCCUGUCCAUGCACCUCGGCUGCCAGGUUGUUCCUCAACACUGCACACAGAGGAUUAUCAUGUUCCCGAAUCCAGCUGUUUUCCCUGAGUCGUCGGGGGUCUCGGGAAACGCAUCUUCACCCGCGUGUGUGCGUGAGGUCGUUUUCAGAGACCGCCGUCUGUUACGCUGCUAAAGAUGGAACAACGAAGGACAGCGGGAAUGACGGUGGAAAGAAAAGUGUUGGUGACGCAAAGAGGAUGUCUGGCUCGGGAGGGUCAGGCAAAGGCGGAGGCCAGCUGCGCUGCCCCAAAUGUGGAGACCCCUGCACACAUGUCGAGACCUUUGUGUCAUCAACACGGUUUGUCAAAUGUGAGAAGUGUCAUCACUUUUUCGUGGUCCUGUCUGAAACGGACUCUAAAAAAGGGCUAAACAAAGAGCCGGAAUCCGCCGCUGAGGCGGUGAAACUAGCGUUCUCACAGAAGCCUCCUCCGCCUCCCAAGAAGAUUUAUGCCUAUUUGGACAAGUAUGUUGUUGGCCAGUCGUAUGCGAAGAAGGUCUUGGCAGUGGCGGUGUAUAAUCACUACAAGCGGAUCUACAACAACAUCCCUGCUGGGAGCCGACAGCAGGUGGAGGUGGAGAAGCAGCCAUCUUUAACGCCACGAGAGCUAGAGAUGAGAAGACGAGAGGAUGAAUACAGAUUCACAAAACUGCUGCAGAUCGCAGGAAUCAGUCCUCACGGGAACGCUCUCGGAGCGACCAUGCAGCAGCAGGCGAGCCAGCAGCCGCCUCAGGAGAAGAGGGGCGGGGAGAUCCUGGACUCCACUCACUCUGACAUUAAACUGGAGAAGAGCAACAUUAUCCUCCUAGGUCCUACCGGUUCAGGAAAAACCUUGUUGGCACAGACGCUGGCACGCUGUCUCGAUGUUCCGUUUGCUAUUUGCGACUGCACCACUCUCACUCAAGCUGGCUAUGUGGGAGAGGACAUUGAGUCGGUAAUUGCCAAACUUCUGCAGGAUGCAAACUACUCGGUGGAGAAAGCACAACAAGGCAUUGUGUUCCUGGAUGAAGUUGAUAAGAUUGGCAGCGUGCCUGGAAUCCAUCAGCUGAGGGAUGUGGGCGGAGAGGGAGUUCAGCAGGGUUUGCUGAAGCUCCUAGAGGGUACAAUCGUCAACGUUCCAGAGAAAAACUCCAGAAAGUUACGAGGUGAAACGGUGCAAGUCGACACAACCAACAUCCUGUUCGUCGCUUCGGGAGCUUUCAACGGCCUCGACCGGAUAAUAAGCAGAAGGAAGAACGAGAAGUAUUUGGGAUUUGGAACGCCCUCCAACUUGGGGAAAGGGCGGCGAGCCGCCGCUGCAGCGGACCUGGCCAACAGCAGCGGCGAGACGGACGCGGUUGCGGAGAUCGAGGAGAAGGACCGGCUGCUGAAGCACGUCGAGGCGAGGGACCUGAUCGAGUUCGGAAUGAUUCCAGAGUUUGUCGGCCGUCUUCCUGUCGUCGUUCCUCUGCACAGCCUGGACGAGGACACGCUGGUCCGCAUCUUGACCGAACCCCGCAACGCUGUGGUUCCACAGUACCAGGCUCUGUUCAGCAUGGACAAAUGUGAGCUGAACGUGUCCCCGGAUGCCUUGAGAGCCAUCGCCAGAAUGGCUUUGGAGAGAAAAACAGGAGCUCGUGGCCUCAGAUCCAUUAUGGAGAAACUUCUUCUUGAGCCCAUGUUUGAGGUGCCUCACUCGGAUAUCGUCGCUGUUGAACUGGACAAAGAAGUCGUUCAGGGAAAAUCGCAGCCCAGAUACGUCCGCGCUCCAGCCAAGGACGCGGCAGAGGAGGAGUACGACUCCGGCAUUGAGGAGGAGAACUGGCCGAGGCAGGCCGACGCUGCUAACAACUGAACCACGUCUCAUUUCACCCGAAAUCAUUAGAUUCCUUCUGGGUUGCCACCUUUGGCACUCUUCUUAUUACUGCACCUGACGAAUAAAAAACCGUGGAUACUGAAGAGGUUUUCAUGACGAACAAGUUAAGAGAAAGUAACAAGCUUCGGUCUCUUUGCAUCAGAUAAUAAAUCUCUAGCGGUGCACUCAGUGUGGACCUUUUUAUGAUAUAUUUCAAUCUCUGGGGAUUGUUAACAUUUUAUCUAUAUAAAGAUAAUCCGAUUUUAUUCGUAAAAAAAUAAAAUAAAAAAUAUUUGUAGGUAGUUUGUAUCCUCUUUUUGUGCUGAUAGGUUGUAAUAGGAAGGGACGCGGACGGCAUUUAAUGGGAUCAUAUUGUACACUUGAAGACUGAGGGGCGGCUGCUGAGGGAGUAGACGUGAUGCGACCGUGUCAAGAAAUGCCUUAAAUCACGAGGCCGUGAUAUUCCACAAACGCAUCAAUGUUUUGAUGUUUCUUCCUUUACCACCGUUGUUACAAUGGUGCUAGAAGUGAAAAACCGUUGUAAAUGUUAAGCUAUGCUGCACAAGUAUUGUUUGUAUAAUACAUGGGCUGGAGCUAGGAGAGCGUGUUGAGGUAGAAACACACCAGCACAACAAACAUGGCAGGUGAAAGAUCAGUUUCCAACAGCCAGAGUGUUUAUUUCCCCCACGUCCAGCUCCUAUCCUGCAGCCCACUCCUUAGGAACCUGUUAACCUGCAGCCCUGCUGGCUUCACAGAGGGAGAAGUUUAGCAGAGGAGAUUGUCUACCUUUCCAAAGUGAUAAAACGUCCCAUUUUUUUUUUUUUUUGCUUUGUAGUUUUGAUCCUGGAACACGAAAAUAAAUUAUACCCUGAAAUCAGUUAAAUCCAGGUUUGGUUUCAAUUUUAAAUCAUUCUCAGAGCUUACCCAGGCUCCCUCUGCAGAGCUGCAGACAAGUUUCCUUUUUCUGUGUGCACACCUGUGUCAGAAUCUCACCUGCUCUCCCGUGAUGUCAUAUCCUGUUACGAAAUGGUGCACUUGUUAAAUUAAGACACCACCCAUAUGGUCUCUGUGACUUUCACCACUAUGCCGUGCUCCUUACCUUGAAAAAAUUAAACCAGAUCUUUCUCCUGUUUGCUUUUAAGUUUCGUUUUUCUUUCUGUGAAGCUCUAAGCUGCUCUAAUUUCAGAGGUCUGUUACAGAAAUAUUCAAGAGAAAAAGCUCUCCUUCCCAAAAGCUUGUGAAUCCCAAAUUUAUUGUGAUUGUGUAAAAUAUAUAAAUAAACCUCUAUCUGAGUA